AUUAAGAAAUAAACAAUCUAAAGAAAAUAAACAAAUCAUCAUAUCGCCAAAAACUACAAAAAUGAAUGAUAUAUUUGAUACACUUAAAAGCAAUAUUGAUAAUAAUCAAAAAAUAACAAUAGUAAACAAAACUAACACUUUAAAUGCUGAUAUUUACAAUUUCUCCAGCGAUAGUGAGGAUAACUUUAAAACUACUGCAGUGAAACAUUUGUCCCCUAAAAGAAGUCCAUUGGAAAAGAAAUCUAAUCAGAAUAAGAAGACGUAUUCAAGAAAAAAUGCUAAAUCUAAACCAAAAUUUACUAUUAAGAAGGAGAAGCUUAUAGAUGAAACAAUGAGAGAAGCGCUUCCUGAAACUCUGGAUACAUCUUUCGAAGUUAGAAGGUCACCAAGAAAUACAGCUAAAGAAUCUCUACCAAAUAUAAAGGUAGAACAUGAAAUGGACGAUAUAGAAGAAGUAGUUGAAACCAAAUGUAAAGCGAAUAAAAGAAAAGUUAAUAUUAAAUUAGAGAAAAAUAAAAAAACUCCUUUAAAAAAUAAAAAGAAAAAUUUAAAUAAAAUCACAAAUUAUAUAAAAGGUAAUGAAACUUUUGAUACAACAAUCAGUCCUUUGCCAGGAUUAAUUGUAGAAACAAUGCCUAAUAUAACCAAUGUUUCAACUUCACCUAAAAGAUUGGAUAAAAUCAGAGAAAUGUACGUAGAGAGUCCUGAGAAAUUUGAAAAUUUUAAUACAACGCAAAAUUUACUAAUGGAUUUGGAUCAAACUAGCGAAUGUGGUGUUCAAGAGAUUGAACAUUUUGCUGAAAUCCAUCAAAAUUCUCUGGAUACUUCACAAUCUAGGAUACUGCGUUCUCAGAAAAAACAAACGCCAACUAAAAAGGUUGUCGUCAGUAAAAAAAAUGAUUUAUUAAAAUCUAUAAAGAAAAAUAAGAAUAAAAGAAGAAAUGAAAUUAAUCCCACAAGAUAUAUUAUCGAUAUAUCAGCUGAUUCCAAUUCAGAGAAAUCUAUAAACACAGUUGGCAUUUGUCCCAUAACUGCACAUGGAGAUUUUGAAAUGUGCUAUAACGAUUUACCACCAAAUCAAGACAUUUUAAAUAAAACUAUCGAACCGAGAAAUCUCGAAAUCGAAGAACAAAACGAAUCGAUAAAAGAACUUUACAUGCAACUUCAAAACGAAAGACUAGAAGAUAAAACGAGAAAAAGCUUUCGAAAUAAUAUCGAAAGUGUUAGUACUAGGAAAAAUUCUCCGUUAAAAAUAAUGAAGAUACCUUCUGAUGAUUAUAUUAAGUAUCUACCAUCUCUUCGAGAUUCUGACACAAGUUCGAAUCAUAGUGUCGAUGAAUUACUAGAUAAACCUAGUUUUGUUUCCAAUAAGUCUAUUUCUAGAUCCAAAAUAAACUCUAAAACAUCGGAUAAAAAAAGAAAUAUAUCUCGUAAAUCACAAAUAUCCCCAAUAACACUAUUUCAUGAUGAAACACAGAACAAAAAUCAUUCGCAAAGCAACCGUUCUAUAGAAUCGGAUGGAGUUGAACAAGUUAAAAAUUUGUUUUACAAAUCAAAAUUAACAAAUAAAUCAACUACAAUGAAAACAGCAACACGAAAUUCUGAUACGAAUUCAUCAAAGCGAGAAUCUUUAAGAGAUUCAGUAAACACAUUAGUUAAAAGAAAAUCUUCUCAAUUACUCGAUAUGAAUAAAAAGAGGAAAAUAGAAGCUGGUAUGUCAAACAGUCCAAUACAAAGCUUAGAGAAUGUCUCGUCUUCUAAUGUUAAUAAUUGGAUUGACCAAUGUAUACCCAACAUUAGCAGAGAUGGUAUGAGACACAGUUAUGAUGACAACGUUCGAUGCAUUUUGGAGAAAUUGGACACAACUCUUGUUGAAAUACAUCACAAUACUGAUAGAAGAUUUGUCAAGACAUUUGUGGAGACACAGAAGAGGUUCAGCGAGCUGAAGAGGAUACACCACGAGGUGUACGAGGAGACAUUGAGGGAUCUUAAUUACAAAUUCAAAAGAUUACAAGAAAUGUCUGAUGAAAUAUUCGAAGACAUGAAAUCUAGAAUGAGAGAUGUUAUCACAGAAGAUAGGAAGCAGAAGAUAGCAAUGGUUAAAAUUCUUAAAGAGGAUGUACAGGCUGUGGUCGAUUUUAACGCGAGGAGAAAUAAAUAAUGUGGGUUUUCAUUGUUGAUAAACUUGUUGAAUGUUUCCGCAGUGGAAUUGUACGUUUAUUAUAAAUUUAUUUUGAUUUAAAUAUAUAAUAUUAGAGACAGGUUUCUCUUACAUAUGUAUUUAAUGCGACCUAAUAUUUAAA